AUGGAGUUCUUCAGCAUUAUCAACAAGGAGUAUAUCAUUCAUAUCGUUAUCGAACGGGUAGAGCUUGAUCCUCUUGAGCAGCUGAAGGAGGAGCUAUCUGACGAAGACUCUAUUAAUAUCAAGAAGGAGAAGAUCAAGAAUAUCAAGAAGGAGAAGAAUACUGAGCUUGUUCCUCGUACGGAAUCCACAGCAUGGCGAAUUCUCAAAUUCAAGGUUCCAUCAGCAGAGCCAGAGUCUUCUACGACUGAGUCUCAUAAACGAGGUCAUUCAAGUACUGAUGACUCCUUUGAUCGAUCUACUAUAGAGCUGGAUCAAGCUCUUGGUUUACCCUCAACUCCGAAAGAGAAGAAGAGCAAGAAGAAGAAGGUUGAGAAGAAGAAGAAGAAGGUCGAAAAGAAGAAGAAGAAGAAGGGCAAGAAGAAGAUAACAGAGGAGAUAGAGGAGGAGGAGGAUGAGGAUAAGGAGGAGGAGGAGGAGGAGAAGGAGGAGAAGGAGGAGGAGGAGGAAGAAGAGGAGGAGGAUAAGAGCAAGAAUAAGCAUGAGCUCUUCUAUAGCCCGCCAGUUCUACGUAUCAAGAAGUAG